GACGAUCAUUACGUCACAUAGGAUUAGUGCCUGAGUUUAGAACAAGGCCAGGACAAAGAGAUCGCGGUAAAUCUGCUUUUAAACCAUUUUGACGUGAGGAUCGGGGGAAAUUCUGCCAUGAGUAGGUGGUAUGGAGUCCUUGUGACCAUUUUAGUCGUGCUGCUGAAUGAAGUCAGCUCAGCGACUGAGUACUGUACCGGCUAUGGUCACUAUUGUGACCUAGCAUAUGAGCACUGCUGUGGAUAUACAUGCUGCCAAUAUAGCUCCCCCGGAUAUGGAUAUAGUGUCUGGAACCUCUGGUACUUUUGGUUUGUGGUUAUCUUCGUGAUGAUGGCGUGCUGCGGCGGGUGUGGCUACUAUCGCCGACGACAACACCUCCUGCAGCAAACCCGGAUGUCACAAGGUGGCGCCAUUGUGUAUGCGGGUGCUCUCCCCGGCGAGCACGUGUCGUCACAAAUCCCGCAGCAUGGAUCGUCCCAGCUACCCGAGGCAGCAGCACCCCCGCCAUACAGCGAGGUAACAACCAAGCCCGAUGUCUACCCCCUGGCACCGGACAGCUUCCACUACGGUCCCGCCUACCCCCCUCCCUACCCCGUGUACGGGGCCUCCCCCUACCCCCCUCCCUACACCCCCUCAACAGAUGCCACCCCCAGGCGGCCUGACACACCUGAGACCAACACAACAGCCGUUCCAGGUGCUGUGAAUGCAGCUGCAGGCGCAACACCUGUCAACAACCCAAAUAUGGACAGUUCCAGGAUUUCCAUGACAACCAGUGUCGGCCCUGGCAACCCCAGCACGGACAGUCCCACCCCCGCUGUUGCCAUGGCAACCAUUACCCCUGGCAACAGGGAGGAGCACAGGCACUGAUCACUCAUGCCUCCCCACAAAACUCAUAGCCAUGCCUCUCAUGCCACUACUUAGUUUGCUGGCCAGAAAAUAUACUGAAGUAUAACGUCCUUUGAAAGACCAUGGAGAAAUGUAUACGUAACCAGAAAUGUUAUGCCAGAAAUAAAGAGAGAAGUGUAAUGUUCUUUCAAAAGAUAUGCCCUGUAUCUUAAUGCACUAUUAUGCACUAUAACAUGUUGUGAUUUUUCCAAGCAAAAUUUUGGAAGAUAAUUUCAACAUUGAACUUGAAGUGACCAGGGAGAUAUCAUUUUAGAGUCCUGUGAAACAGGUACUCGUGAGUGAUGUAAGUGUGAAAAUGCAUCAUAUUUUAAUCCCAUGCUUUUCAUUCUUUCAUUACAUUUUUGGCCAAAGAUUAUGUCCCACACUGAUGAUUGAAUGUAUCCUAUUGCAUUAAGUAACUUUAACAUACAAGUAUGAUGACAUUUGUGGUACUUCCUGAAUUUGUACAAAUAGAAACACUGCUUCAAAAUUCUUAUUCUGACAUCUGAUGACCUCAGUGUGUGGUACGUAGAGAUAGAUGUGGGAAUAUUGUCUGUGAAGCUUGUCAGUAUUUUAGCUACUCUCCAAGCUGAGGUUUUGGGUCCAGGCUAUCUUGUGUUUUAGGCAUUUCUAUGAUUCUCCAUUUCCAAUAUGUAGCGGCCAUGAUUGCUUUUAUUCAGAGGGAAGAAAGAAAUUGAUUGCACUACCAAACAGAAAAUUGUAGAGAAGGCCUCAAAGAAACAACAAAAGAUCAGCCCCUGACCAAAACCUCUCGUUGGGGAGUAUACUAGUAUUGUAGCUGCUGUUACCAGUACACAGUGAAAUGUGUAAUAAUGUUGCAUUAGCACCAAUUUAUCAGCCAAAUGUGAGUGGUCUGGGUUAAAAAGGAGAUGCCAACGAUUAUUGAUUUAGAAAAGCUGUACAUAAGCUGCAACUAAUGUUGCUAUUGUUCCUCUAGUUGCAUCAAGUCUUAAUACAAUUUUACAUUUUAUCUGUGAUGUAUAAAAAUUGUAUUUCAGUGAUGACAUAAUGUAACAAUUGUCUCAGAUUGUUUAUUGUAAUUACAUAUGUAGAUUCAACUUUAACUUUAAGCUAGAAAAUGAUGGAGAGAUUGAAAUCAGCACCAUCUUUGAUUUAAAAUCCUUUCAAAAGCAUGGGUUCUCUGUGCAUAUGAUACAUGAAGUCUAAAUAAACUUUUGGUUAAUUGGUUAUUCAUUUUCCUGUCAUCAUUGAGAAUUAAACUUCCUUACUAUUGUUUGAAAUUUUACCUGCAUCUUGUAUCUGUACGAGUGUCUAACGUGUCAUUUAGGUACACUGCACUGCUGACAAAGUAAGACACAAGUACUGAAGCAAAUUUAGCUGACACUUUUGCCUGAAUACUUUGGUACUUUUAGAGAAUUGUUGCAUGACUUUAAAAACUGGCUCAAGGCAUCAGACAUUAGUUUUGUAUUGUAAGUAGGUAAGUUUAAUUCACUCACACUCACACAGGAUGGGCCCCUACUUAUUUCAAUACUUUUAAGUACAUGGUGAAUUCUUCAACUUGCUUGAGGUGUGGCUCACUAAUAACACAGGACUUGUGGCUUAAAAUCCCAUCAGGACUACCACCUUUUCACGAGCGUGUAAAUCUGUGGGUUCAUGAAUAAAAUUAACCAAUUAAAACAAAAUCACAUUGGCAAAAUUAA